CACUCAUUAAGAGGUGUUCUUUUUAUUAUUAAAGUCCAAAUUUGUUUCUGAAUUCAAGACACUGUCUAUCAGAAAUCGUGCUUCAAAUCUCAGGAUAGAGAAAUUGAUAAGUGGCACCACAUUCAUUACAGGAUCUGUACUGAUUUCUUUUUGACUUGUUAUAUUUUGGGUGUUUUUUCUUCUUAAAGUUGGUGUUUCAUCUAGAAACUGUAGAGGCAGAAAACUGAUUUAUCAAUUGCUUGGGAUGCAAGAGCUUUAGCUUUAUCUCUUUAGCAACCUCUCAACUUGGUGUGUUGUCAAAAGUCUGCAGUCAAGGAAAGAAGCUCCGUUGUUCAUCUGGGAUCUCAGCUGAUGUUGCAUUAGGACCAGCCAUAGUUAAAUAUACAGGUCUGUAAGGCCCUCGUUUCCCACUGACUUCUGAUUCAUUGGGUACAUCAUCAUGAAACUUCUGAAACUUCUGGACAGAUGAGACUCCUCCAGAGGCUACCAAUGUGUUACAGAUUCCUGUGAAAACAGUGACGGUCUGUUAUGCUGUGAUCUUGACACUCUGGAAAUUUCCAGUUAGGAAAAGUUAUGUCAGCUGCUCUGCAGUUUUCUGAAAACUGACACUGGGUUUCCUUCAGAAGAGAGUGUUUGAGCAUUAAGGGGAACCUGAGGGAAAAUUUUGGCAGUUAAGCUUUUCUUUCUUCAGGUUCAGACCUUACCCAUCUGAAACAUACAAACCGCAUGUUCUUUUUGCCUCAAGUCUUCAUAUACAUUCAUAAAACAUCAUUAGUUUAGUACAGAAGAUUAACUCUGAAUGCUGUCAAUAUGUUCUUGGAAUUCUCAGUUUUCAUGUUCUGCCAUGGCUCUUUAAUUGGAUUUCUAAGCCAGCUUUCUUAGCAGCUGGGUUUGGACAGGCUAGCAGAACUUGCGUUUUGCUCAGGAAGUUGUGGAAGUGUGGAUCACGGAUAUGAGGACAGCUUUACUCAGAGAUGAGUCCUAUGGGCCUUGCUGCUCCUCCUCGAUGCUGAUCAGAAGGCAUGUCAGUAGCCAGUGAGCUGCUUAUAUGGCUAUAAGGAGGACUUCAGGAGAAAUGCAAGUACAGUGUGUGUGCUGUGCUGGCUGAAGGUGAAACCAUGGCAAGUACAUCGCUGUGUGCAGCUAAUCCAUCAGCAUCUCAGAAUCUUCAGAAGGUGUCUGGUUUUGUAGAAAAUAAAACCACACAGUGCUCAUUUUCCAUCGAAAGUAUUUUAGGAUUGGAGCAGAAGAAGGAUGGCAUUGCAGCAGUGAAACCUCACAGACCGUGGAUGGAUGCAUGCACCAACUUGGUUUUAGGUGAUGACAGUAAUUCCCAUCUGCAAAUUCCUGUUGUUUCCUAUGAAAAUUCAUUAUUCCAUGCUAACAGCAAUACAGUGCAAGAGGAAAAAGUUUUGAAAUGUGACAAAUAUUUUUCAGUCACUGAAAGGCUAUCUUUCAAACGAGAAUUGAGCUGGUACAGGGGUAGAAGACCAAGAACUGCUUUCACUAGAAGCCAGAUUGAAGUCUUGGAAAAUGUUUUUAAAAUGAACUCCUACCCUGGCAUUGAUAUCAGAGAAGAAUUAGCUCGCAAGCUAGAUUUAGAUGAAGACAGGAUCCAGAUCUGGUUCCAGAACCGUCGUGCAAAACUGAAGAGAUCCCACCGAGAAUCCCAGUUUCUAAUGGUGAAAAGUAACUUCACCUCCAGCCUGCUAGAGUAGGAGAAGGAUGGUUUGCCUUUAUUUUACUGUAACAGGACUUGAAGAAUUACUGGCGUUGUCAUUAUUUGUAUUAAACAAUGAUCAUAUAUCAGUUAUGAUUUUAUCCCUAGAUUUGAAGGAUUAUGAUUUUUCACUCAAACUGUAAAUAUGUGAAGUAUUAUAAACUAAUUUUUGUGGAGAAA